AAGUGUCCGGACUGGAAGGGGGUAAAAGUGUCCGGACUGGAAGGGGGUAAAAGUGUCCGGACAGGAAGGGGGGGAAAGUGUCCGGACUGGAAGGGGGGGAAAGUGUCCGGACUGGAAGGGGGGGAAAGUGUCCGG